GUGUUUGAACAUCUUGUCUUUAUUGCAUAAUCUGUGAUUUUAAAGCUCACCUUUAAUUUGCAAAUUUGCGAGUUGUAAAACCGGAGAGACUAGUUUGAUAAUAGUCAAAAUGGCAGAUAUUGCUAAUGUCGAAACUGCGUCGUCUAGUGCAGAGACGUCAGAUGUACAAGAAAAUGAUGUCAAAUGUGAAGAGUUUAUUGAGCCAGAGAAAAAGCGUAGGAGGCUGUCGGAUUCGCUUGCUGAAAAAACAGACAAACUAGAACACAGGCUUGGUGGAAUUCUUUGUUGUGCUGUAUGCUUAGAUCUACCAAGGGCAGCCGUUUAUCAGUGCACGAACGGCCACCUGAUGUGCGCCGGGUGCUUCACGCACCUGCUGGCGGACGCCCGGCUCCGCGACGAGGUCGCCACCUGCCCCAACUGCCGGGUGGAGAUCACCAAGACGUCGGCGUCCCGCAACCUGGCGGUGGAGAAGGCCGUCAGUGAGCUGCCCUCCGAGUGCCACUUCUGCUCGCGGGAGUUCCCGCGCAACUCGCUGGCGAGGCACGAGGAGGUUCUGUGUCAAGAGAGGAUCACCAGCUGCAAGUUCAGUCGCAUCGGGUGUCCCUGGAGGGGCCCCUUCCACGAGGUGGAGGCCCACGAGGCGGCCUGCGCCCACCCGCACCGCUCCGGCGCCGAGGUCAUGGGCGCCCUGCACGAGAUCCACCUACAGUGCGAGGAGGAGAAGAGGCUCUACGACUGCAUCUUCGAACUGCUGUCCUACGAGAAAAUUACUUUUAAUGAUUUGCAGAUGAAGCCGUACCGGACGGACGAGUUCGUCCACAAGCUGUUCUAUGAGACGAGCCGCUUCACCGCCUUCAACAAUCAGUGGGUGGUGAAGGCCCGCAUUAACAGUGCCCACCGAGACCCGUCUCAGAGCUCGCAGCGGAAUAUGUCCUAUCAGGUAAAGUGGGUCCAGGAAUUCACUACACUGCAGCAAGCGCCACUAGGAAGAGAGGUAAGACAUGGGCGUGUCGCGCCCUCUGACCCCCUUGGCGUAGCGCUGUCAGGUUCGCCGUGGGAUGGUCCGUUCGUCGGGGGGGUCGGCUGUCUCGCUGGUACGGAACCGUCCCUCCCCCCCCCUCACCCUCCGGGGCUCGUGGGGACGCUGCGGCCCCGGUGUCCCGACGUGGCCGCCGCAAACAUCUGCUCACUUUUUUCCCUUUCAGGUCUAAAAAUUUUUUUAUUCCCCGACAGCUUUGUUACACACAGCACCAUCGUCCAGCACCCCACGUGGCAUAGAAAGACAGUGUCUUCGAAUUUCAUAAACUCAAAAAUAGUUGCACAAGAAGACGCUUGUUAGAAGAUCAGAUGUCGAAGACUAUUAGAUGUCCAGAGUUCAGAAGAUGACCUGCCCUGUGGAACUGUUUAGCGCAAGCAACAUUUGUAAUGUUUUUUGGAAGAACAGUGGGUAUGUAUUUGUGUAAGGAUUUUAGUCAAUAUGUAUGGGAAUAUUAUUUACUUUGAAAAAUUUUUGUAACAAUAAAAAUUUAUAAAAAAUUUAAAGUAAGGAGCAUUAGAACCCUAAAAAAAUUGGCUCGUGACCCUUUAAUAAUUUCUAUUAAAUAUCAGUUAGCAAUGCAUGCCAGUAUAUCACUCAUCCUGUCGUUUGCAUAAGAAUAUUUUCUUUUGUGUAUAGGAUAAUAUCCUGUUAAAAAUACCAUCAUUACAAUUGUCUGUUAAAAUUCCCAUGCUUAGUUAUUUACUCCAUUGUGGGUUUCGUGUAUGUACUUUUUUUUUCCAGGUUGUAUGGUAAGGUAUUUUUACUUACAAACUGUAUGUUAUUAAACUGUAGCUGAUCCUGAAAACCAAGACGACAUAUCCCUUGAAUCUUCACUACUUGGUCUUGCGAGGGCCGUUCGGAGACAUGAAAGUCAGCACCAAAAUCCACAGGUUUGAAUAUACGGAACAAGAGAACGAAAGCCCUU